AUGUCACAAAGCAUCGACGUAAGUGGGAGGUACACAGAGACAGGUAAUAUUCUGCAGCUGGAAUAUGCCAAGAAGGCAGCUGCAAAAGGGCACACCACAAUAGGCAUAGCAUACAAGGACGGGGUUAUCUUGGCGGUGGAGAAGAAGGCGUCUUCAAAGCUUAUUGACAUUAAGAAACUUAUGUUCAUUGAAAGUCUUUCGGAUGGAUUUGCAAUGGCAUACACGGGCCUUGGGCAUGAUGCCUUUGUGCUUAAGCACGAGCUGAAAAGGUACUGCAUGCAGAUCCUGGAGUCUCGGGAGAGAGAGCCUCUGGAGGAGGAGAUGCUUGACCAGAUUAGAUCCUACCUGCUGCACUUCUCAUCAUAUAUGUCGUGGAGGCCGGUUGGCUGCGAGUUUCUGCUUUCUUCGCAGAACACGCGAAAUGUGAGUCUUUUCCACAUCGAUGCAUCUGGCGCAGCCAACAGAUGCCGGGCAUAUGCUGUUGGGCUUAAUGCACAGGCUGCCAAGACUGAGUUGGAGAAAAUUCACCAGGACAUUGCCACACGUGAUGAUGCAGUGCAUGCAGCCAUUAGAGUCUUGCAUCUUUCAAAGGAUGAGCUCUCUGAAGGAUCCUUUGUAAUUGAAAUGGUAGAAGUGUCUAAAGAAGAGGGAAUUAAGAGAGUGUCAGAAGAGGAAAUAAACUCUCUCUCUGCAGGGUUUAACAGUGAGCACAACUAG